AUGACAACAUGGAAAGACUUGGAAAACAAUAUUGAUUAUGAAGAUGAAGAAGAUUCAGAUCAAGAGGCUCAACUAUGUUUAAUGGCUGAUCACACUGAUAUGGAUGAGUGCAAGAAAGAUAACGAAGCAUUGAGAGCUGAAAAUGAAUCUUUAUUAGAAAAGAAUGCUGAGACAGAUUAUACAAGCAAUGAAAAUCUUAAUUCUGCAAGAGAAAAUUUAGAAUUAUCUCAUGUCGCAGCAAAAAAUUCUGAUGCAGAGGCAAUUGUGGAUCAAGAUGAACCUGAAACUUCAACCCAAACCAAGAGGCUAAGAAAAUGGAAGUUUCUAAAAAAUUAUCCAGAGGAAUUCAUAAUUGGUGAUCCCUCCAAAAGAAUGACAACUAGAUCAUUUUUGAAAAGAGAUGAAUCUAACAAUAUAGCUCUUAUCUCAAAGAUUGAACCCCAAAAUAUCCAAGAAGUACUUGCUGGUCCUUCUUGGGUGUUAGCUAUGACGGAGAAAUUACAACAUUUUAAAAAGAGUCAUGUUUGGAACCUUGUGUCUCAUUCAAAUGGAAAGAAAGUUACGAAUUUUGCUAAGUUUAUGACGAGUGAAUUUGACAUGAGCAUAAUGGGAGAGCUCACUUUCUUUCUCGGAUUGCAGAUUAAGCAAAUUGCAAAGGGUAUUUUUGUUCAUCAAGAAAAAUACGCCAAGGAAAUUGUCAAGAAAUUUGGACUAGAAUGUGCCAACAUCAAGCUAGACAAAUAUGAACAUGCUAGAUAUGUAGAUGAGACAAGAUAUAAGGAAAUGAUUGGUUUCUUAAUGCAGCAGCAACGCUGCAAUAAGAGAGAAAAGAGAAGCAGGAGGGAGGAGAAGAGAAACGGGAAGGAGAAGGAAGAGGGGAGAACGACGCCGGUGGGCGUCACUGCCGCCGCACCGUCGUGUCACGCAGAGAAGAGAGAAGUGAGAUCCGAGAAAGAGAGAGAGAGUGCCGGUGGGAGAGGGAGACUGCUGCCACAGCCGUCGCUGUUCGUCCUCCAGCCCGUCGCCACCAUCACGGAUCGCCACUGA